AUGGAAGAGACAGAAGAGUCCAAUGGUAACAAGAAAUGUAACACCAAAACCAUAAGAGGCAGGACCAACAACCCAUCCCAGAAACACCAUCACCAGCAUCACCACCAUCAGCUUAUACAAUAUUCGAAUCAGUUUGGGUUUUUCAACCAGAACCAGUACUAUCAGAGAUACUACUACCCAGCUCUGCUUCCUCUCCCUCCUCUAAUACCUUUGCCUCUGGGUUUAACUCCACCCUUGCCUCAAAACCAGAGCUUCAGAACUAAAACCCAUUUGCAGAAACCUUCAUGCAAGCUGAACAAACCACCUUUUGCUGCUUCCUCAGAAACCCAAGUGCCCAAAGUCUCAAUUUCACCAGAAGCUUCAAAAGGGUUUCAAAAGCAAAGAAAUUUGCCCCUUAAAGGAGAAAAUGGAGGGAAAUUCACAGGUGCAAGAACAGGGAAAGCAAUAGUGACAGCAAAGAGGCCAGACUCUGGCGGUGUGGAAGGGACUACUAUUUCUCUCUUAGCUAACCAUUUCCUUGUCAAAUUCGAUUCAUCGGAACAAAUUUUUCAGUACAAUGUUGAAAUCUCUCCUAGUCCUUCCAAGGACAUUGCACGAAUGAUCAAGCAAAAACUGGUGGAGGAUAAAUCAGCUUUGCUCUGUGGUGCUUGUCCGGCUUAUGAUGGCCGCAAGAAUCUCUAUAGCUCAAUUGAAUUCCAACAUGAUAAACUUGAAAUGUAUGUAAGCCUCCCCAUCCCUACAACCAAGCCAACCUUGCCAUAUGGGGAAUUAUGUGACUUUCAAGAGAAGGAUCAAAGACUUAAACUUUUUCGAGUAAGCAUCAAACUGGUUUCUAAGUUUGAUGGAAAGGAAUUGAGUAGCUACUUGAGCAAUGAUGGAGAUGAGUGGAGACCUAUUCCUCAGGAUUAUCUCCAUGCCUUGGAUGUGGUGUUGAGAGAGAGUCCACUGGAGAAGUGUACACCUGUGGGAAGAUCACUUUAUUCGAGUUCAAUGGGAGGAACUAAAGAUAUUGGAGGAGGAGCUGUAGGAUAUAGAGGGUUCUUUCAGAGCCUUAGACCAACCCAACAAGGACUAGCUCUCAAUGUUGAUUUCUCUGUGACCGCUUUCCACGAAAGCAUUGGAGUGAUCCCAUACUUGCAGAAGCGUCUCGAGUUUCUUCAAGACCUUCCUCAGAGGAAGACGAGGGGUUUAAGUAGCGAUGAGAGGAAUGAAGUGGAGAAGGCAUUAAAGAACAUCAGGAUCUUUGUUUGCCAUAGAGAGACAGUCCAGAGAUACCGGGUUUUUGGCUUAACCGAGGAUGCCACUGAGAAUCUUUGGUUUCCUGACAGAGAUGGGAAGAAUUUGAGGCUUCUUACGUACUUCAAGGAUCACUACAACUACGACGUACAGUUCAGGAAUUUGCCAUGUCUGCAGAUUAGUAGGAGUAAACCAUGUUAUCUUCCUAUGGAGCUGUGUAUGAUCUGUGAAGGCCAGAAGUUCCUUGGGAAGCUUUCAGAUGAUCAGACUGCAAGGAUCCUUAAGAUGGGCUGCCAAGGACCAAAAGAAAGAAAAUCCAUCAUAGAUGAAGUGAUGAGAGGACCUGUUGGGCCAAUAAGUGGCACUCAGGAAAGGGAAUUUAAACUCCAUGUUUCUAGAGAAAUGACGCGAUUAAAUGGAAGAGUCCUUCAACCUCCAAAACUAAAGCUUGGUGAUGGUGGCCAUGUAACAGACCUCAUACCUUCCCGACAUGAUCGGCAGUGGAAUCUCUUGGACAGUCAUGUGUUUGAAGGAACUUGCAUUGAGAGGUGGGCAUUGAUUAGUUUUGGUGGCACCCCAGAACAGAAGCACUGCAUUCCCAAGUUCAUACACCAGCUAUCUCAAAGAUGUGAAAAACUAGGCAUUUUUCUUAACAGAAACACAAUUGCUGGCCCCCAAUUCGAAUCAUCCCAAGUGCUUAACAAUGUCUCCCUUUUGGAAUCCAAGAUAAAGAAAAUCCAGAGAGCUGCAUCAAACAAUCUCCAGCUGCUUAUCUGUGUAAUGGAGAGAAAACACAAAGGGUAUGCAGACCUGAAGCGGAUUGCUGAUACAGGCGUUGGGGUCUUAACCCAAUGUUGCUUGUACUCAAACCUUUGCAGAUUGAGUUCACAGUUUUUGGCUAACCUUGCUCUCAAGAUCAAUGCCAAGGUUGGAGGAUGCACAGUUUCUUUGUACAACUCUUUGCCAUCUCAAAUUCCCCGGCUGCUUCAGAGUGAUGAGCCGGUGAUCUUUAUGGGUGCUGACGUUACUCAUCCCCACCCACUUGAUGAUUUCAGCCCUUCUGUUGCUGCUGUGGUUGGCAGCAUGAAUUGGCCAGCAGCAAACAAGUACGUUUCAAGAAUGAGGUCACAAACACAUAGGCAAGAAAUCAUUGAGGAUCUUGGUGCAAUGGUGGAAGAAUUGUUGGGUGAGUUUCACCAAGAAGUAGGCAAACUCCCAAAGAGAAUAGUUUUCUUCAGAGAUGGGGUAAGCGAAACACAAUUCUACAAAGUGCUUCAUGAGGAAUUGCAAGCCAUUAAAAAAGGGUGUUCUAAGUUCCCUGGUUACAAACCUCCCAUAACCUUUGCAGUGGUUCAGAAGAGGCACCACACUAGAUUGUUCCCUUUCAAAAAUGAUCAGUCUUCGAAACAGAACCAAUGCCUUGAUGAAAACAUCCCUCCGGGGACUGUGGUGGACACGGUGAUCACUCACCCAAGAGAAUUUGAUUUCUAUCUCUGUAGCCAUUGGGGUGUUAAGGGUACAAGCCGGCCAACACAUUACCACAUACUGUGGGAUGAAAAUGAGUUCACUUCAGAUGAACUACAGAAUUUGGUGAACGUUCUGUGCUACACAUACGUAAGGUGCACCAAGCCAGUUUCUCUUGUGCCCCCGGCUUACUAUGCUCACCUAGCUGCGUAUAGAGGAAGGCUUUACCUUGAGCGAUCGGAGUCCAUAACAGCUUACACAAGAAGCGGGGCGGUACUCUCCAGAGCUGCCCCACCAAAGGCAAUGUCUCUGCCAAAACUAAGUGAAAAUGUUAGGAAGCUUAUGUUUUACUGCUGAACCUGUCGCAUAGUAAUGCCGGCAUUGUAACAUAGAUCUAGUUCCAUUUAACAGAA